AUGGCAGAGCCGGGUGUUAUAUGCAGAUGUAACUGCCCAUGGCGCUUGCUUACUAAGCAGGCGGACACGCGCUCACCUGACUUACGCAGCCACCGCGUCUCUUCUCCUCGCCACACGCUCGCCCUCACCGUCUUUGAGCCGUUUUCCGCCGUCUCCGAACAUAUCUUGUUUCAUCACACUCGUAACCUGUCUAAAAACGACGCGCUCGACGACGUCGGCGAAACCUCGCGGGACCCUUGGCCUGACGCUCCAGGUGAGGCCAUCGAGCUCGAAAACGAGAAGCGCGCUGCACGCAACGCGGCCAGGACGAGCAGACGCGAUCUCGGCGACGAAGCUGUUUUGGAAGAUGAGUACUUACUCGAUCUUGAGGGCAACGAGCUUUCUGCUGGCAUUGAGCUACCCGAGAACACUCCCGGGACUCCUGCUGCCACUUUGACUAGCACCGCCUAA